AUGGAUAUAGAAGAAAAAGCACAGAAAAAAAAUAGCAAGUCAGAAAAGCUAAUUGAAAUAUUGAGAUCUGUAUCUAAUGGAAAACCAACAAUGACGCCACUGCUAUUGUUGUCGCUGCUGUUUGCUUCUGCCGUUUUUGCUGCUGUCGAUCGUGAUGAUGCAAUCCAGCACCGACAAAAGGUAUCAAAACAAGCAUCAGCCAAGCAGAUAAUGAUUAUGCAAGACGGAGACGGUCUUGUUUCAAAGACGGAUGGAGACCACCUGAUCAUUGCCUGA